UUAUGAGGGGUUUCUACCAUCCCUGUGCUGAGGUCCCAGGUCUGCACACCUGCUGCGCCGCCCAUUACUAGGGGUUCCCACCAUCCCUGUGCUGAGGUUCUGGGUAUGCACACCUGCUGUGCCCAUUAUGAGGGGUUCCCACCAUCCCUGUGCUGAAAUUCCUGGGUCUGUAUAAGAAGAAGAAUGAAAAGAAGAAUGAAAAGAAGAAGAAGAAGAAUGAAAAGAAGAAUGAAAAGAAGAAGAAGAAGAAGAAUGAAAAGAAGAAGAAGAAGAAGAAUGAAAAGAAGAAUGAAAAGAAGAAGAAGAAGAAUGAAAAGAAGAAGA